AUGAGGUUUCUCCAAAACCUACUCGGGGGCACUGCUUUGGCACUGCUUACAGGCCUUGGGUCGGCCUUUGGACCAAGAUGGGCACGCUAUCAGAACGACCUUCACCUAGCUGCAAUGCUAGGUAUGGAUGCUGAUUCUGUCUUGACCAACCGAAGCAGCCUCGCCUCUGCCAUUGACAGUCUUGCCGAGACAUCCGCUGUGGUCGCUGAAUACGCAAAUAUUCCUAUCGAUCACAGAAACCCUGGAAGAAUGUACAGGAAUCGAUACUGGGUGAACGAUCAAUAUUAUCAGCCAGGAGGGCCUGUGGUUAUUUUCGAUACCGGUGAGACCAAUGGUCAAGCUUUUGCCGAUUAUUAUUUGGUCGAUCCUACGUCCUACAUUGUCCAAUUGCUUCGGGAAUUUCAUGGCGUAGGCCUUGUUUGGGAGCACCGAUAUUAUGGCGAAUCUCUCCCUUACCCCGUCAAUGGGCAGACGUCUGCUGCGCAAUUCCAAUACUUGACGCUCGAACAAGCUUUGCAGGAUCUCCCUUACUUUGCCAGAACAUUUCGCCGACCUCGGCUCCCUAAUGCUGAUCUGACACCAAGAUCAACCCCGUGGAUUAUGGUCGGCGGCUCAUACCCAGGCAUGCGUGCAGCUUUCUCGAGACUCAAGUAUCCCGACACUAUUUUUGCUGCCUUUUCCUCUUCUGCACCUGCUCAAGCUAGGAUUGACAUGAGCGUUUAUUAUGAGCAGGUGUACAGGGGUUUGGUAGCAUAUGGCUAUGGAAAUUGCACCAGGGACGUCAAUGCUGCAUACCGAUAUAUUGAUGCCCAACUUGCCAACCCCAGUACCGCUGCUCAAAUUAAGAGACAAUUCUUAGGUCCCGGUGCCGAGCAAAACAGCAAUGGCGAUUUUACUGCAGUUUUGCUCUAUAAUUGGGCGACAUGGCAGAGCUUUGGGGCAAAUGGCCCUGCGGGUCAGUUCUGUAAUUGGCUCGAAACAGACCAAUAUGGCAGAGUGGCCCCUGCUGAAGGCUGGGCACCUUCAAGAGGUGCUAGAUCUGUGGUCGACAGAUGGGCUGCAUGGCCGGGACUCAGCCGAGCGAUCAACUCCAUUUUUGAAACAAACUGCAAUUGCCCAGAAGAGACUUGCUCCUGUGACCUUUCUGCGCCACCUGCAGACCCCCUGGCCAUCAGCUGGUCGUGGCAGUUUUGCUCGCAGUUCGGUUACUUCCAGUACCAGAAUCCCAGACCCCAUGAGAUCGCUUCGCGCUAUCAAACGGAAGCUUACAUCCAAGAUAACUGCUACCGGCAGUUCCCUGACGGCGUGAGCAGCGGCCAUCUUCCCCGCCGCCCUCGAGCCGAUGCGACAAACAAUUAUACUGGAGGCUGGAACAUGCGCCCUUCAAACGUCUUCCACGGCGCUGGACAAUACGACCCGUGGACUCCUUUGACUGUGCUUUCCCAGGAGCCUUGGGGACCACGCCGUCGCGUCACCACUCAAAUCCCGGCGUGCAAUCAGGAACAAGAGGCGGUUUUUGGCGUCCUGCUUCCCAAUGCAGAGCACGUUUACGAUCUUCAAACCUCUUACCAACCGGGCGAGGUAUCCAGGCAACUGUUCAGAAGGGCGCUGCACCAGUGGCUUCCUUGCUUCCGGAGGAGGAAUUCAACGGCAGAUCAUGAUUGACCGAUGCGGUAUGCAUCCCGGCGCGUGACGGUUUCCCGUCGAUGUGCUUGACGCCUACAAAUUUGAAUAUCGGGUUUGGAAGAAUUCAGAAUGUACAUAGUUACCUUUCAAUUCUUAGAAAUUGAUAUUACACCUCCAUCCGGAGUAUAUAUACGCGGC